CCGCUCCUCGAUUGUGUAUCCAAAAUAAGCAAAUAAGCUUUUCUGCGGGGAUACUAAAUUGAAUAAAUCAAGUAUGAUCUGAGCGGAUGUUCUCCUCGGUGAAGAAGAUGUGAGAAUUCCACAGCCGGAUGUAGUUCAAUAGUGAGAACCGGCGAUCUCAGUCCAUCACGAUGGACAAAUACCGCGUAAAACAAUACCGGUCAUGGAAUGAAACUGGCAAACAGCUUCGUCAAUUGACCGGAGACAAACACCACUUCAUCGACAACGAAGAACGCACCCAGUUGCAGCGAUGCCUCGACUUACUUCAGAAGAGCAUCAAAGUCAACUCUGCUCAGGGUAUGAUAGAGCGGCUGGAUACCAUAACCCGGCAACUCGGUUUGAAAUUGACGAAAGCAAAAAGAGGAUCGGACAGAAAAGCUGUCGAAUUCGAAGUGUUCAUCAGUUCCGACAUGUUUUAUGUUGAAGUUAUUGUCGAAGCCAACGGUCAUGUCUGCGAUGUGAAGGUUGCUCAUCAUGGCGAUCCAGUGAGCUGUCGAGAGCUGUGCGAUGUUCUCCAGAAGAACGACUUCAUCGCGUUUUCCGCUCAUCUAGAGGGCUUAAUUUCAAUUUACCAAUUGAGUUGUGAGAAAACGAAAAAGCAAAAAGCUUACGUGGCCUUGCAAGCCUUAGAAAACGAUUUGUUCACCGUAUCCGGUCUUCAGAACUUCAUCAGCGACACGAGACAGCUCAUCCUCAAGUCGCCUGUCGGUGUUCUCGUGCCUCGACGAGGCGGCUUUCCAAUGCAGCUGACGUUCUUCGCGUCCCCCUAUGAUUUUGUGGACGAAAACGGAGCACUACUCCCGGUUACAGUCGAGAACAUAGUCACACGUAAACUCGGGGAGAGUGUCUCGAUCUCAAUCGAGAACUCUGGCCAGCACAAGUUGCAAACCGGGAGUUUGAUCACGAACAUCGACGGCAAGAGCAUGCCGUCGUUCUCGGCUUUGACGCAGCUCAACUCGGUCACCCUUCAAGCAUGCUACGCGAUGAAGUUGUCGAAACCGCUCGCGGUCGACAUCGAAUGUCUUAAGAAACUGCAAGCUGUGACGAAUAUCGAAAUUCCCGUUCAGCAGAGUGAACCUCUGAUUCAACUUAUCACGAAACGGGCCGGCCCAUCCCAUGUGAAGCUGCCCGACCAAACCCACACGUUCCACAUAGAGAGCGGUUCUCGGAUGGGAGUCAUGGUCUCGUCGAUCCCGUUCACCCAUCCGACCCACGUACCACAAGUGCUUGUAUAUCUCCGGCAACAGUGCUUCUUCAAUCAUCUGAUCUCUUCGUGCGUUCGUGAUUAUACACCAAGCCCCGAUGAAGAGAUUCACGUGUUCGAAGUUCAUCCAAACGGCCUGAACUCAUUGUGCAUUUCCUAUGAACACCCACUUGACUGUGAGAGUCUCAUCACCCUCGAACUCUGUUUCGACGAUAUCCUUAUCCCAAAAUGUCAAUCAUUCUUCAGUACUCGAAGCGAGAAGAAAGCAUUCAUCAGCGACUCGAACGUAGCCAAAGUUCUUCAGAUGUCGUUCUCAAUACCAGUCGUGAUGAGAAGUAUCAUCAAUAAGGCGAAAGAUGUUAAGAAGUCUCUAGGUGAAGUGCAAGGCAAGUCAUCCAACGGCUCCUCGAUCCUAUCGAGCGACGCCGUCCUGGAAACAACACGGGAACCUUUCGAUACCGAGAAGAACUCAUUCGACAACGGUCCCAACCCUAUGCAACAGGAUAUGUUCGAUCUCGAAAGUCUAGGACCAUCGGGUGGACUGAGUCUGAACAUGCUGGCAGAUGAUUGCGGGCCUGAUUUCGGCAGCAAUUUCUACCAGCAGCAAGCACAACAAGCUCAGCAACCACCGCCGCAACCACCACCGCCACCAUCUCAACAACAACAGCAGCAGCAGCAACAACAUCAUCCAACCCAGCACCAACAGACGCCUCUGCAGAUGCAAGCGCAACUCCAACAUCAUCAACAACUCAUGACACCUAUGAGCUCAUCUGCGCAAGCGCAAGCCGCGCUCGCGUCGGCUCAGCAAAGAAAACGUGCGCGCGCUGAUGAUGGGGAUUUUUUAGAGCGGGCCCCCAUCUACCCGGUCCAGAAGGCAGUAGGGGGCCCCAAUCCAGAUUCUGGCCAGCUGAACAUCGCCAAUAAAGCGUUGUCUCCUGCCGUGAAUACGGCACCGGUGGACCCGUUACUUUUUAAACGGCAGCGAAUAGACAACGUGGUGGACAAUGUUCUAGCAGGAAUUCAAAACUCUCAACGCAAUCCAAAAAACGUGCUGGCUGGUGGGGACUCGGGUGAGUCUCCACCGAUAGUAGUUCCGAUGGGCAGCACGGGCGACUUGAAGAAAGAGUCCAAAGCUCACUCGAAAAAGAGUUCCCGAGGUUCUCAGAUGGUUUUUCGAUCCCUUUCAUGAAAUUCCGUGAGCAGUCGCGACAAGGAGAAACGCAAGGAGAGGAGUUCAUCUAAGGAAGGUUCCUCGAAUAAGCCGUCAGGAUCGUCGUCCAGAUCAUCUUCGAAGGAGAAGGAUUCUAGAAGUUCAUCAAAAUCUUCGUCGAACAAAGAGAGAGAGAAAUCGAGCGGGAAAGGAAGCUCAUCUUCCGGUCUUAGCGCGAUUGUUGAUAAACUACAUCAGAACGUUAAGAAAGAUCUCGCUAGUCCCAGCAAAUACUCGGCGUCAGAAGGACAGUUCACAAUCAAAUCAAGCUCAUCGGCCCAAGGGAUAAAACUGACCAUUAAUAAAGCGCGAACGUCGGAAAGUAAAUCGAAAAGUUCUUCGUCAUCUUCGAAGCACGAUCGAGAAUCUCCGAAGCCGCGAAGUUUGAGCUCAUCACCGUCGCAGAAACGAUAUUCCCCAUCGUGGAAAGCGUCGCCCAAACAUUCAGUUUCGUCCGCAAUGCCCCCACCCGUAGGGAGUGACAAUCCAGCAAUGGAUUUGGUGGAGCAGAGAUUGCGAGCCCUUCACGGCGAUGAUGCUUCGAUGUCUCCUUUUGAUAGCAGCAAAAGCCCUAUGGGCAGUUCGAGUGUCGGCAACAGACUUACACCCUUGGUACUCGAGGAUGAUUUAAUGGACGAAAGCCUUUGUGGCGUCAAACCCGUGUAGAUACUGUGCGGAAGAAAUGGUUUCCAGAGAGUAGCGCUAACGAAUUUCGAACGUCCGAAGCGCGAACUGUGUAAUGGAGAACGAUGAUGUGUGGGAGAAUAAAGCUGAGACUUUUCUCGCUGAAA